AUGUUGGUUUUCGGAGGGCCCUCUAAUAACCUCCUAGGCCGUCGACAUGUUCCUAAUAGAAUCGGAUCGUCAAAUGACAGGCACAUUGCAGACUUCGCCGUUGAGGAUCACCCGAAGGCUCAACCAGCUGAGCAUGUCCAGGUGGCGUUUGGCAAUUGGGAACUACCUCGACUAAAAUACCAAUAUGAACAUCCUAACACUGCUCCUCGGACCACGCGACUUAAUCUUCUGGUGCAUUUAGAUGAGAAGCUUUCGAAAACCACGGCUGUUCAGGAAGCUGUAAUCGAAUGUGGUAUAUUAGAAAUGCUCGUGGGCUUCCUGCAGGACCUGGAAAAGGCCAGGCUCAGCAGUGAAGGCGAUGUGGACACCCACAUGAGGCUACUCGCGAUGAAGUUCCUGGUCGAGGUGAGCCUGGUCGGGGUUGACGCUAAGGAAGCGAUGACGACAGGGAUGACUUUUACUGAAAAGGUCGUGCCUUUAUUAAUGAGCCCAGACUCCUCAUGGAAGGUCGUGGAGGUGGCGUGGGCUCUGGCGGCUAGUUUGACGGUCGUGCGACGUGUGAAAUACGAAGUAUGGGAGUCUGGCACUGAUAUGCUAGAGCACGCUCUGGAGCAGUUGAGGACGGGCGUGCCCUCGAGGAGUGUACUAAGGCAUGUCAUACAGGUGGUGGCGCAUUUACAAGAGUUACCGAGUGCGAGAGAGUGGUUCCUGUCCCAUGGGGCUACCGAUGCUCUCCGCAGUGUAGUCGCUGAGGACGAUCAGGACCACAUGGGUAUAAGCUUGCCUAUUGUAACUAUAAAAGGAGACUUUAUGGGACAGGGGUCAAUUGAUAUCACCAAGUCCACGUUGGAGAGUUUGGAGAAUUUCUUCGAGGAAGGCUUCUAUCUCCCAGGCGUCCUCGUACUCCUAUGUUCGGUGGUAGUCCCAAUAGUAAAGCUGUUGAUGAUGUUGGUGAUAUUCAUCAUUCGUCAUACCUUCCCAGAGAAAGCUCACCAGCUCAUGUUUGUACUGCGGAUUAUAGCAAAAUACCAAAUGCUGGAUAUAUUCGUCACAGUUAUUAUGGUAGCCUUCCUCAAUCAGGAUGUGAUGCGCACUACGUUGCAGACUGGGUUCUACUACUAUCUGGCAUUUUGUCUACUGAGCAUUGGCGCUACUCAAGUGUUGUGGUCAAUGCUGCCCGACCGGCCGCAAGCGUUGUAUGCUCAGCAGCUCGCCCGAUGGAUGCGGGACAGGCAGACGGAGAUUGCCUUCAAGAACAUCACGGGUCGUUCGCCUGAUCAGGCUGAUCACUCCAGCUUAGUUCACUACUACCCUCGGAAUACUGAAGCUUGUGGAGAUCCUUUGCCCGAGCUCGACAAAACGCCGCUUACCACACCACAGUCGAAUCGUCGUCGUUGUGAGGGUGAUCGAGCGUGUUCCAGUGUAGAGGAAGUAGAGGCUCCGGAAGGAGACCGCAAGGCUCGGAUAAGCCGGACGCCUUCUUUUGGUGCAGCAGCUUCAGAGCCGCUUGCCUUCCACUCCUCGGCUCCUCCCGAUGAACACAGUCCGGAAUCACCACGGGUGGCGACUGUUAAUGACGGUACUCUUGUGGUGUGGCCCAGCCGUACUGCUGAACAACGUAGAGGAGGUGGCGCUCUCUCUGAGGUCACCAGUGUGGCCAGUACGUUCAACUUGGCUCAAACCAACAAGUUGUCUCUGUGUCGAUCGAUAUUCACCUGUGGAGGCUGUUGUCGAGGCUUUGAAUUCUCCUUGGACACCUUUUUCCUCUAUGGAGCCUGCAUAACCUUCUACAUCGGUCUGUACUGGAGUCUCUACCAUAGUGUCCUUACUGUUAAAGUGGCAUUCAAAGAGAGCUUGAUUGUAUCACAGAGCACGUUGGGUCUUUUUGGCAUGAUUGAUGGGCUUGUUAAGCAGCACGAGGGUAUCAACUACUUUAUUCCCGCGGUUGUUUUCGCUGUUUUUGCACUUAUCGUGCCGUGUGUUCAAGUCGGCGGAAUAUUCAUCGCUGGCACACUCCACGUCCUCCCUUGUCACAAGACGUCUCACACCUGUGCUGAUCUUUAUCGUUGGCUGCUCUAUCUCAUCGAUUACAUUAGCGACUGGGCUAUGAUGGACGUUUUCUCUGUUGCUAUGUUCACCACGUUGAUCUCCCUCAAUGCAUUUGAUGCCUUGCGAGCUGAUGCUCCUCCUGGGCUGCUAUCGGGCUUCUACUUCCUACUCAUGGCUGGGCUGGCCUCGAUGGAUCUGGCUACGCAAACGCAUGAGCUGUUGAUGGACGCUAUGGCACGGAAUGUCGUGGAGAUGGCUACUGAGAUGAUCAUACUCGAGCAUGAGCAAGAGGAAUCCUUAAGGGAUCCAGAGUAUAUGAUUGGGGACCAGAGCGCCGCUACGCCUAGGUCUUAUUCAUCGUUUACUCGAUGGCGACCUGCUCACCCAGACGAUGCCGUCGCUGACCGGCCUAAUGCAGUGGAGAGGAGCGGCAGUAUGGCGAUCGAUGGUCGCACUGAUAUAACCUCAAUGUCGCGGAGGGACCCAACAGAGUGGCAGACCUUCCGUAUCCUUCGCCGUGAACUUAGACGGAAUGCUAGUCGUGCACAGAAGCAGGCCAGCUCAGCUGCUGUGGCCUCAGCCAUGUCAUCACCACCCAUAUCGCCAAAUGUGUCGAGACGUUCGAGAGAUGAGGGUGACAUCGAGGAUGGCCACGCCUUGGUGGGAGCUCUUCAGAAUGCGUGUUUAGUAGCCCCUGGUGCUGCUGCUUCUGAGUCCCUUAUGAGACGGAGCAAAUCACUGAUGGUUCUGCCUCGGAGUAAGAGUUCCCUUGUUGCUACUGAGGAGCAACAACUACAUCAGCGGAAUUGCUCGUUGCUCUCAUCGCUGGGUGGCGGUCGAUCUCUGGCAGAGUCAGCACGGUCAGUGGCCGGCACUGGGGAGAAGGUUCCUGCUGUGCUAGACGCAGCCAAGCGCAAGGUGGAGCAGUACGUUGAUAUGGAGGCCAUAGUGAACAGCCCGAGGCGUCGAAGGAGAAGUUUUGGUGACAAUCUGGAUGACUUUCGAGGUCACCAGAAGGAUGCCUUGGAUGGAGAGAGGCGAGCUGGUCGUGACGAUAAAGGGAAGCAUUACCGCUUGGUAGCCACCGAUGAGAGUGAGAAUAAUGAUAGCGAUAACGACUCUACUGCGGACAAGGCCGUACCACCCUUGUGGAAGCGGCUCUUGCAGAGGAUGACUGGCACGGUGUUGGUCAUUAAGGCUGUGAGCUGGGGUAUCUUCUUCAUAGUGUGGAGCAUGCAUACAAGUAUGCCCCCGGUCGACCUAGAUGUUAUUAACCUAUCAUUACGAGGGAACCUCCCGUUGAUCAACGGUGCAUUGCAGGAUGCGUUGCCGAGCUCACUUGGUGCAUGUACGGUCGAUCCUCUGCAUAUAGCGCCUAAGCCGUGUGUUGGGAACAGCUCUCUUUACUACGUCCGUGAAAGGGUAUAUGAAGUGAACGCCCGAUGGGUGACGGGAUUGAGGACGACUAAAUUGGAGAACAUAUACCUCUCGGUGCCUAAGGAGAACAGGCUAGCGUUGAGCAUUGAAGGCGUAAUUGACGAGUUACCAUUGUCACUAUUCGUUGGCCAGUGUGUGACCCCUGAUACGUGGUUUACAGGGCGAUGCGAUAAGCUUUGGGACAAUACGGAUGCCUGUUGUGGCAAAGACAAACACUUCCAGGUUGUUCUACAAUCGGUUUGCAGUGAGGAGUACCCGUUUGUACGGCAGAUCACAGUCGAGAACAUCACCGUGCAACAAAUCACCAUUCAGGAGCAGUUCCUGGGUCUGAUAUCAAUAAGCCUUAGCGAUGUGACAACGAGCUUGCAAGAAGCCCUGAUGAAGGAGUUGCAGCCAUUUCUCAUGGAUAAUGCGUUCAUACCAUGGGGUGGCGCUACACUCUCCUUGGGAGAGCUUAUCAAUAAGAUCCUCUCUUUGAAUAUCAAUCGUGACUCAACGGGUGAGGAGAAGUUCCAAUGCCCGAAGCCACCUGUUGGCGGCUUCGGUCCUCGUGAGUUCGAGAAACAGAGUGUGUUACAACGGACGUUCGGUGGAAGAUGGUGA